AUGGACAAGCUGUCAGCAUGGAUGGGCUGUUUCGUAAUUUUAAUGCUAUAUGGAGUAUCUUCUUGCCUAUCUUCGGAGUGCAAACAGGAGGAAAACUGUAAACUACCGAACUGUUUCUGUGCUACGUUCAAUCAUCCUCAUUUCAAUGUAUCCGAAAUUCCGCAAAUAGUUUAUUUUGGUUUUGAUGAUGCUCUGACGCCAUUAGUUGAUCCACUAUAUAAAAAACUGUUCAGGUCUAACAGAAAAAAUCCUAACGGAUGUUCGAUUGGAAUGACUUUGUAUGUAUCUAACCAGUACACCUCAUAUGCAGAAGUCAGAGAAUUUCAUGGCAGAGGAAUGGAGAUUGCAUCUCAUAGUGUAACCCAUUCUCAUAUCAGGACAGAAAAAAGUUUGUAUCAAGAAGCAAGAUUACAAAAACUGAAUUUGGCAAGGCUUGGUGGAAUUCCUGAAUCUGAAAUAAUAGGCUGGAGAAGCCCCUUUCUGGAAACAGCAGGGGACUAUCAGCCAGAUGUUUUACGAAAGUUGGGAUAUCAAUAUGAUAUUUCACUUACUUACACCAGAAGACAUAUGAGGGAACAAAAUCCCUGGCCAUUCACGGCGGAUUACGGAUGGCCAUACACAUGUCAAAUGAAACCUUGUUUAUCUAAACCCCAUCCAGGAUUCUGGGAAUUUCCUGUUAAUUCAAUGAUGGAUUUUAAGGACCAAUAUCCAUGCAACUAUGUUGAUGGAUGUCUCAACAGACCUACUAACGAAGAUGAAGCGUUCAAAUAUUUAAUGGAGAAUUUUUACAAUGCUUAUAGAGGAAACAGGGCACCAUUAGGCAUACAUAUGCAUGCCGCUUGGUUUGUGUCAAAGUAUAAUUUUAAAGCUAUGGACAAAUUUAUCACGGAAAUCUUGAAUCGAAGUGAUGUUUACAUUGUGCCUGUAAAACAUGUCUUAGCAUGGAUGAAACAUCCAACUCCAUUGUCUGAUAUAAAACAAUUUAGUCCCUGGCAAUGCAAAACAGGAAACGUUAUUCCUGUACGAUCUAAAUCUUCACCGAUAGCAAAGCACACAACGAAAACACCUACUUCAAGGGCUGCAACAAUACCAAGCACAACUGCAACAACAACGGCGAUAAAGACCACACCGUCACCACCAACAACAACACCUCCUCCGACAACAGCUACAACCUCACCAACAACGAAGAGUACUGCAACAAAAUCAGCGACCACAAUGAGGAAAUCAACAAAAACGUCAUUUGAACAAUGGUCAUUUACAUCUAAAUAUACCAAACCGGCUCUAACAUCAGACCAUCAUCGAACAACAGUUUUAUUUGAAACAAAAUUUACUGACAUCCCCACUCAUGGACAAACAGAAAUACAUCGUCAUUUAACUAACCACCAACCUGCAAGUUCAAGUGCAUCAACAAAUAACUUUAAUUGGUCAUGGAUGUGGAAUGGUUUUCUAAGCAAACAAAACCAACAGGCAGUACAAUCAAAAAAUCGGGAACCAAACAGUGCUGAAAAUUCUAAGGAAACUUGUACACAGGGAUUAAAUUGUAAACUCCCAGGUUGUUUUUGUCAGGGAGGUAAAACUCCUGGCGGACUUGUCCGAGAAAAAAGUCCUCAAUUCGUGUACAUUUCAUUCGAUGGCGACAUAGAUUCUAGAGUAUUUUCAAAAUUUAAGAAAAUAUUUUCUGGAGAAAGAAGAAAUCCAAAUAACUGCCCGAUAUCAAGCACGUUUUUUGUGUCGCAAGAGGGAUCAAGAGAAUCAUAUGUUUCUUUCUUGAAUAAUAAGAGUCAAGAAAUAGCUAUGAGGGGAUCUUCAUCGUCCAUUGCAAACAUAGCUGAGUUUCACCGUCAGCUAGCACAACAAAAAGGUAUAAUGAAACGAAAUAGAGUACAGGUUACUGGAUGGCGCAGUCCAGAACUUAAACCCUUUGGAGAUGCUCAGUACUCUGAACUUGUUAAGGAAGGAUUGCAAUAUGAUUCCACUUUAGUGUUGCGGGAAAAUGAAAGAGUUUGGCCAUUUACAUUAGAUUAUGGAUGGAAAGAUCAUUGCAUAAUACCAGAAUGUCCGAAAAAGAAAUAUCGGGGACUUUGGGAGGUUCCAAAUAUUCCUGUAAAGGAUUAUUUAAACAGAUAUCCUUGUAAUUACGUUGAUGGAUGUAUGUUCUCUCCAAAGACUGCAGAAGAAACAUUUCAGUUUCUUUGGAACAAUUUUGAAAGAUUUUAUAAUUCAAACAAAACUCCAUUCGGGGUUAACUUUCGCCAUAUUUGGUUUACUCAUUCAGCUUAUAGAACUAAUGCGCAAGGUUUUGAAAUGUUUUUAGACAGACUUGAACAAAUGAAGGACGUUUAUAUUGUUUCUACUGCUAAAUUAAUUGAGUGGAUGAAAAACCCGCUACCGCUCUCAGAAAUGCAAUUCCGUUUCCGUUGUUGAUGUAAUAAUGAAUCUCAUAUUGGUAAACAUUUUGUUUUUUUAUUGUUUUAACAUAAUUUUAUGUUUAGAUACAUCAUUGGUUCCCUAAUGUCGUUGUUUGUGAAUUUGUUGCAUCCACGAAAUUCACCCUAUAUCUCAUCUAAUGGACCGCCCUUGUCGUGUCGUAUUUUGUUCAAUCCCAUGCCAGGUCAAACCAGAGACUUGAAAAUUUGUUUUUGCUGCUUCUUCGCUAAGCAUGUGGCAUUUUGGAGUAAGAGCAAAGAUUGGUCGGCUCGUAGCCAGAACAAAGUACAUGUUUUCCUACGGACUGUUACCCUGUGAACUACCGUGUUAAAAAAGCCGGCUCAGUGUGCUGAGUAGUACAACGCAGGUUUUAUUUUCAUAUCACAUGAAUAUGUUCUCGUUCUGAUAUGCAUGUUAUAUUUCCCACUGGAUGUUAAACACUA